AUGGCGCCGACAUGCCAAUUGAGCUCGAGGGUUCGUGAAUUCGUCUCGCGAUGGGCCAUGCGGUCGAAGGUGCAGCAAUCUGACAGUGCCGACGAGACGAAGCUGUCAGAGUCGAGCUACAUGGACCCCGAGCUCUGGAAAUAUCUUCCUGACGUACUCGUCGAGCAGAUCAGAUCCAGGCUCCCGUUCCCCAGUCUCGUCCGACUCUGUGCAGUGUCCAAAAGCUGGAGAUCGGCGAUUCUGUGUCCUCAUCAGUAUGCUCCGAGCUCUCGUCUUCAGUCCUCAAACGGUCUGCUCAUCCAGACCUCUGACAGCCCCAUCAAAGCAUUCAAAUCGGGAAAAUGGGAAUCUUUGCCCAAUUUUCCAGGUCCUAUCGGGUCCCUGCAAGUUCUGGCCUCGGGUGGAGGAAUACUAUGCAUGAGGUCGAGUGUCAGAAGGGAGCUCGUGUUGUGGAACCCGCUCACGAGACGAGUCAGACACGUGAAGAUUCCUGAGAUCGAGCCUGGCGAGCACGACAUAAUCAUCGAGGGGAUGAGCGUCCUGAACGUGGACGGGAGCUGCUACCGAGUGGGCCUAGUUUUCAAUUCAUCGGAGAAUCGCUACCGACUCAUCGUGGCGAUUGUUUCCAAAGGAGCACCGGGCCUCACCUUGGUCUACGACUCGGUCUCGAGCAGCUGGAAGCGAACUCAGGCAGUGCCUGCAGGGUACUCCUUCUUCCUCAACUCCCUGUCCAGCGAGACCGGGUUCCACUGCGCCGUGCACUCCGAUCACGACAUGCUUCUGAAGUACGAGGUCCAUCAGGAGACUUGGAGUGCGACGAGAAUGCCCGUCUCCACUUCCACUCCCAAAAGCCUGAUCAGCAUUCGAGGAGAAGUGAUGCUGCUGACCGAGCUCCAACGACUCCAUCGGACUGCUGAGAAGUUCUACGCUUUGAGCUUCCAGCUCUCGGGAUGGAGCAGCACCGUCGAGGAGGUCGUGCCGCAGAGGCUCGUCAAAAGAGUUCUGAAAACCGCGAACUCCUGUCACGAAGGACUGCGUGAUGCGGAGAUGCAUUGCUUGGUUCAAGGGGACACUGUCUACUUCGUCGGAACGACGAUGGCAGCGAGGAAUCGGUGGCUUCGCUUGCAAAGACGCUCUACGUCCAUGAGAUUUUGGGUCCAUGGUGUGGACGGCGAGAACUGGGAUUCUGAGUGGUCGUGUGUCGGGUUCAAAACAGACAAUAUUGACUGGACAUGCAGCUCGAGAAUGAUGCGAUCAGACCUCUCUCGCCUCUCGGCCUUCAUCAUCGUUCCUUCGCUCACCAGCGAUCCAUAG